AUGAUCCCAGAGGAAGAGAGCCCCCCCGGAGGGGAAGCGGACGCCGACGGAGGGCUCCCCCUCCUGCUGCUGCCCUGCGACGGGGGCAGCGUGCGGAAGGUGAGCCGUGGGGUGAGAGGAGGGCUGGCAUUGACACCGACCGGCCUGCGAGUGGGUGGCAGAGCCGGGUAUUCUCAUUGCCCACCGUGUGGUUGUAUUGGGUACCUUUGUUUAUCUGAUGUGUCGUUUGAGAUCCACCGUCACUUCUCACAUAAUGUUGCCGGUGCUUCCUAUGAAAUGCCAGGGCUUUGCAGAAACGAGGUCCUUCUCUAUGUGCCGUUGCUGAGAGAGGUGCAGAACGUGUGAACGGGGCCUUUUCGGUGGUGGCUCCCUGCUUCUGGAAUGCUCUCCCUAGGGAGGCAUGCCUGGCGUCGUCCCUAGCUACUUUUAGGCACCCGUCGAAAGCAUCUCUUUUCAGCCUCUUGGCCUUUAACCGAAAGAGUUUUAUAUAUUGUGGCCUCUUUUAGUAGGUGGGAUUUAUCAGACCACCUUCUGUGUUUCCAAAUGCUUUUAGCUUCUGUUCAGUUUUAGUUUUAUAUUGGUUUUAAUUUUUGUGUUAUAUCGUAAGUUGCGUUUGCUUUUUGGUUAGAUACGCGAUUAAUAAUUGUAAUACAAAAAUCAGUUUUAAAAUUGGACCUCGGAUAGAAUAAUAAUAAUUUUAUUUUUUAUAUGCUGCCCAUCUGACGGGGUCGCCCCAGCCACUCUGGGCGGCUCCCAACAGAACAUUAAAAACACAGUAUAACAUCAACCAUUAAAAACUUCCCUGAAUGGGGCUUUCUUCAGAUGUCUUCUAAAAGUCAAAUACUGGUAGUUGUUUAACGUAGACUGGAUGCUGACUUUGCUCAAUGCGUUUUGCAACCUACUUUGCAGUGGAUAAACCACAGGAUGUGGGGAGAUGACUUGGAUGGAAGUGGGACUGGGAGCCAGGAGGUUCAAGUCCCCAGGAGCUCUGAAAAACCCACCUUGCAGAAAUAAUAAUAAUAAUAAUAAUAAUAAUUUAUUUUUAUUUAUACCCUGCCCUUCCCGGUUCAAAAACCAGGCUCACAACAGAUUUAAAACACUUUAAAACACUUAAUUAUCAAAGCAGUAUAAAAACAUGAAUAACAAUAAAAAUCAAAAAUCAAUUAGAUAAUUCCCAGGGCUAGCUGGCUGAAUUGGUCCUACUUGGGCCAGCGAGGAAACCAGGGGAGAAUUAGCUGUGGGGUCUCAGAGCGGGUGAUCUUCAUAAAAGGGGGGGGGGGGGCGGAGAGAAGGAAAAUAAAAGAUCAGGCUGAAUUCAAAUUAAAGGCCAGGCAGAAUAGCUCUGUCUUACAGGCCCGAUGGAAGGAGGUUAAAUCCUGAAGGGCCCUGGUCUCGUGGGACAGAGCAUUCCACCAGGUUGGAGCCAUCACUGAGAAGGCCCUGGUCCUGGUGGAGGAUAGUCUGACUUCCUUAGGGCCCGGGACCUCUAAACUAUGGACCUUAAGGUUUUCUGCAGGGCAGACCAGGAGAGGCAGUCCCGUAAAUACGCGGGCCCUAAGCCACAAAGGGCUUUAAAGGUCAAAACCAGCACCUUAAACCUGACCCUAUACUCCACCAGGAGCCAGUGCAACUGGUAAAGCGCUGGGUGAAUAUGCUCCCAUGGCAGGGACCCCGUGAGGAGCCUCGCUGCAGUAUUUUGCGGCAGCAGUAAAUGAAGAUGUCGCAAAUGAAGAUGUGACCCAAACACACCUGUACAGGAAAGGUAUAGCUCAGUGGCAAAGCCUCUGCUAAGCCUUCAGACUCUCCCAGUUCCGUUCUCUGGCAUCUCCAGCGAGAUUUGGGAAUCCUACCUGCCUGGAACCCUACUCAGCUGCCCAUCAGUGUAGACAACACUGAACUCAAUGGACCCCGGGUUUGACUUGCUGGAAGCUAGCUUAUCCUGCUUCAAGCCAGCUCCAGCUCCAAAGUAAAGGGACCCCUGACCAUGAGGUCCAGUUGUGACCGACUCUGGGAUUGCGCCGCACAUCUCGCUUUACUGGCCUAUUUAUCUACUUGCAGUGGCGUGCUUUCGAACUGCUAGGUUGGCAGGAGCAGGGACCGAGCAACGGGAGCUCACCCCGUCAUUGCGGGGAUUCGAACCGCCGACCUUCUGAUCGGCAAGUCCUAGGCUCUGUGGUUUAACCCACAGCGCCACCCGCGUCCCCGCAGCUCCAAAUUGUUGUUGUUGUUUAGUCGUUUAGUCGUGUCUGACUCUUCGUGACCCCCCUGGACCAGAGCACGCCAGGCACUCCUGUCUUCCACUGCCUCCUGCAAAAUGGUCAAACUCAUGCUGAUAGCUUUGAGAACACUGUCCCACCAUGUCGCCCUCUGUUGUCCCCUUCUCCUUGUGCCCUCCAUCUUUCCCAACAUCAGGGUCUUUUCCAGGGAGUCUUCUCUUCUCAUGAGGUGGCCAAAGUCUUGGAGCUUCAGCUUCAGGAUCUGUCCUUCCAGCGAGCAGCUCCAAAUUAGUCAUGCUUUAAAGUGAAACCCACAGUCCUUUUCCUUUUCUCUCUCUCUUUCUGUCUCUCUGCCGCCCUCUGAUCCGUCUCCAACCGGCUUAGGCUAAUGUUUUGUGCUAGAGUUUCUUUCCUCAGGCUGGGUGACGGCUGUGUUUUUGGCAGCGAUUCGUGUCUGUUAAUAAACGAGUCCCGGCCAAAAAAAAAGAGCGAGGUGCACAUGGCUGGUCUGUGGCCGGGCUUUCCAAGAGGAAGUUUCUGGUUUGGCGAAGCAAAUGCCUUCAAAACUGCAACCCAGCUACCCGGGAGGCCCAUGUGGGCUGAAGCCUGGUGGGAAAGGCCACGGAGGCCGUCCUUUUCCUCUCAUUCCAUGGUUCCACUUGUAAACACGUUGCUUAAUGCUUGGCUUCCAAACAGCUUUUGAACAUUCCGAAUAGGGUGCCUAUUUUGCUUUCUCCGUCUGGUUAUUCGCAUGCAUACUUCUUCUUCUUUACAUUUGCUGACAUACACGCACGGGAAAAAUCACUUUCUGUGGCUGCGUUUGCAAGACCGCUGCGUCAGAUUCGUUUCUGAGGACUGUACAGUGGUACCUCGGGUUAAGUACUUAAUUCAUUCCAGAGGUCCGUUCUUAACCUGAAACUGUUCUUAACCUGAAGCACCACUUUAGCUAAUGGGGCCUCCCGCUGCUGCCGGAGCACGAUUUCUGUUCUGAUCCUGAAGCAAAGAUCUUAACCCGAGGUACUGUUUCUGGUUAGCGGAGUCUGUAACCUGAAGCAUCUGUAAUCUGAAGCGAAUGUAACCCGAGGUACCACUGUAUUCUCUCUUUCCUGGCUUCUGCCACCUUCCUUUCCCUGCAGUGAUGCUUUCCUCUCCUUCCCCAUCCAGCUGUAAAGUAAAGUAAAGUGACCCCUGACCAUUAGGUCCAGUCGUGGCGGACUCUGGGGUUGCGGCGCUCAUCUCGCUUUAUUGGCCGAGGGAGCCGGCGUACAGCUUCCGGGUCAUGUGGCCAGCAUGACUAAGCCGCUUCUGGCGAACCAGAGCAGCGCACGGAAACGCCGUUUACCUUCCCGUCGGAGCAGUACCUAUUUAUCUACUUGCACUUUGACGGGCUUUCAAACUGCUAGGUUGGCAGGAGCAGGGAUAAAGUAACGGGAGCUCACCCCGUCAUUGCGGGGAUUCGAACCGCCGACCUUCUGAUCGGCAAGUCCUAGGCUCGGUGGUUUAACCAACAGCGCCACCCACGUCCCUUGUCCAGCUGUACCUCUCUGCAAACUCUUUGUUAGCAUGUUGGGGGGGCAUUGCGCAUGACACGGAGGCAAGCUUGCGUUUGGUGCACUCGGACAGGGAGCUGCUGUCAACCUGGUUCCACGAUGAUCGUACGCAAACACGCUUGCCUCAUUUUUAGUGGUUCAUUUAAGCCAGGCUUUCCCAAAAGGCGGUUUUUUGGACUGCAGUUCCCAUCACCCAUGACCACUGCUCCUGCUAGUUAGGGAUGAUGGGAGUUGUAGUCCAAAGACAGCUGGAGAAACCAUGACUUAAGUCAUCUUAAAGCGGGUUUUUGAAUUGUGUGAGGUGGUUUUAGCAGCACGAUCCUGCGCAGUAAGAUUGUUGUUGUUGUUGAGUCGUUUGGUGGUGUCCGACUCUUCGUGACCCCAUGGACCAGAGCACGCCAGGCCCUCCUGUUUUCCGCUGCCUCCCACAGUUUGAUCAAACUCAUGCUGGUAGCUUCGAGAACACUGCCCAACCAUCUCGUCCUCUGUCGUCCCCUUCUCCUUGUGCCCUCCAUCUUUCCCAACAUCAGGGUCUUUUCCAGGGAGUCUUCUCUUCUCAUGAGGUGGCCAAAGUCUUGGAGCCUCAGCUUCAGGAUCUGUCCUUCCAGUGAGCACUCAGGGCUGAUUUCCUUCAGAAUGGAUAGGUUGGAUCUUCUUGCAGUCCAUGGGACUCUCAAGAGUCUCCUCCAGCACCAGAAUUCAAAAGCAUCAAUUCUUCGGCAAUCAGCCUUCUUUAUGGUCCAGCUCUCAGCCUUCUUUAUGGUCCAGCAGCAAGAUUACAGGACGGGUAAUAAUUAGGAACGUCGGAAACUGACCUCCCAAGUCAAACCAUUGGUCCAUCUUGUUCAGGAUUGCUCACACGGAAUGGCAGCAGCUCUCCAGGGUUUUCAUCGGAAUCUCAAUUUUCUAGCCUUUUCAGGUAGAACAGGAAAUGUCUGGAGAACUGCUUCCAAUCCACAGUACAGUCGUACCUCAAAAGUCGAACAGAAUCUGUUCCGGACGUCUGUUCGACUCCCAAAACGUUCAGAAACCAAGGCGUGGCUUCCGAUUGGCUCCAGGAAGCUCCUGCAGCCAAUCAGAAGCCACGGAACCCCCAUCAGAUGUUCGGGUUUCAAAGAACAUUCGCAAACUGGAACACUCACUUCCGGCUUUGCAACAUCCGGGAGCCGAAACGUUCAACUCACAAGAAGUUCGACUUCUGAGGUACAACUAUAUUGUGCUAGAUGGACAAAAAAAAAAGUCAGCUUCCAUUAUUCCUGUAUCAACUACAUGUUUGUUUACUGUUUAUAUUGCCAACUUUCUUAACAGCAGGUGGACAAAAUCUAAAGGAAACGCUCCAAACGGGAAUAACUUUUCAGCAUACGUAACAUGCCUCCAGUGGGAUUUUGGGUGUGUUCCAAAUUCAGAGUUUCUCCAGCUACUGGCAAUUUCGAAAACACAAGUAACUUAAGACAAUUUUCAGAGCUAACAUUUCCCUAAGUCACCAACCUGUUGGUUUAGUGGCGGCGGCUGAUGUUGUCUCCCAACUGGUUUACGUUAGAUUUUUUUUUUUAACUUGUUCCCUGGUGACUCAAGCAGAAAUGAAAAGGAGAAGAGCACACACAAGUUCACGCAGCCCUCGGCAACCCGUCCGGGUGCUUCAAAAUUUCCUGCCUUAGCAGUGAACGGUGUCGGUUGAAUCCACGAACCUGCCUGGACUUGCAAAGCGACUCACCUCUCGGGCUUUAAAAAACCCACAGAGGUCUCGUGGGGAAUCAGAUUAUUCACUUGCGGGUUUUGUUUUCCGGUUGAUAUCGGGCGCAGUUGCUGUUUUGGAGAAUAAUAAUUCAAGGAAGAAGGAGAAAGAGCAGGUCACAAAGACCCAUGGAACUUGCAGGGGAGAGAGAGGCAAGAGAUUAUUGUGGGUGGCUGCAUUACUGUGAUUGGGGACGAGGACUGAUAGGAUAUGUCAAAGGCUUUGCAAAUGCCACACACAUACUGAGAUCACGCAUGCAGGCUUGCACUGUUUUGGCUCGCCUUCCCAUGAUAUCUGCGUCUAGGCAGUCAUUAAAAUGAAUUGGAAUUGAUAUUUCUUUUAUUAUGGUUGUUUUAUAAAAUUGAUGUUUAAAGAAUUAUGUAAGAAUAUUAUGGUUAUGAGAAAUUGGUAAAAAUAAGAUUUAAGUUUUAAGUUUUAAGGUUUUCAUAGUAAGAUAAGAUUAAAAUAGAUUAAGGUAAAGUAAUGGCAGAAUAUUAUGAAAUAUGGAAAGGAUUUGCUGUGACAAUUAAUAAUCAGGAUACAGAAAAAGGGAGGAGGAGGAGGUCAAAGAAAGAAGGUAAUGACAGUUAAAGUAUGAGAAUAUUGGAUUUGUUUUUAAAUGUUUGUGGUAUAUUUUUGUUUUUUAAUUGUGUCGGGUUAUUUUUUGAUUUUGAUUUUUAUUAAUCUGUAUUGUUUGACUGUGGUUUGUCUUUUCUUUAUUUUUUCUUUCCUUUUUUCUUUUUUGUUCUCUUUUGUAAUUUUAAAAUUUUCAAUAAAUAUCAUUAAAAAUAAAAAAAAAGAAUUGGAAUCCAGUGCCCAAGAAGCACCAGGUGUUUGAUGAAAGGAUGGGGGCGGGGUUCCUGUCCUUAAAUAAUAAUAAUAAUAAUAAUAAUAAUAAUAAUAAUAAUAAUAAUAAUAAAUUUUUAUUUAUACCCCGCCCUUCCCGGUUCAAAAACCGGGCUCAGGGCAGCUAACAACAAAUUUAAAACACUUAAUUAUAAAGGCAGCAUAAAAUACAGUAUAAAAACAUGAAUAACAAUAAAAUUCAAAAUUCAGAAAUCAAUUUAGGGGAAAUAAGCAUUAGAUAAUCCCCAGGGCUAGCUGGCUGAAUUGGUCCUACUUGGGCCAGCGAGGAGGCCAGGGAAGAAUUAGCUGUGGGGUCUCAGAGCGGGUGAUCUUCAUAAAAGGAGAGGGAAGAGAAGGGAAAUAAAAGAUCAGGCUGAAUUCAAAUUGAAGGCCAGGCAGAAUAGCUCUGUCUUACAGGCCCUGCGGAAGGAGGUUAAAUCCUGCAGGGCCCUGGUCUCAUGGGACAGAGCAUUCCACCAGGUCGGAGCCAUCACUGAGAAGGCCCUGGCCCUGGUGGAGGAUAGUCUGACUUCCUUAGGGCCCGGGACCUCUAAACUAUGAUUAUUCAUGGGCCUUAAGGUCCUCUGCGGGACGUUAUAAUUUACUGAAUUAUAUCCCACCUUUUUCUCCAAGGAGCUCAAGGUAGUGUACCUGGCGUUCCCCUUCCUCAUUUAAUCCUCACAGCAACCCUGUGAGGUAGGUUAGGCUGUGAGGCAGCAACCAACCCGAGGCCACCCAGUGAGUUUCAUGGCUGGCUGUGGGAUUCGAACCCGGGUCCCCCCAGGUCCUAGUCUGAUAUUCUUAACUGCUGUGCCACACCGGCUGUCAGUAUUACGGGGGUUGAAGAAAAUUCAGGCAAAGUACCCAGGCUUAGUGAAGUAUGAACCCUGAAGCCUUUUCCUGUGCUAGGUGGAAAAAAAUCAAUAGAAUCAUAGUUUUGCAGAGUUGAAAGGGACCCCCAAGAAUAAUCUAAUCCACCCCCCCAGCGCCCCUGCAAUGCAGGAAAUGAUGUCUUUCGAAACAAAUCAUCAAACCCUCUCGAAGGAGUUGGAAGAUUCACAAGUGCACUGCAUCUUGCAAAACAGAAAAGCUGCUGUUGUCUUUCCUCGUUUUGUUUUGCGCGUGCGAAUCUAAAGCCGAACCCCGUUGUUGCAGACUGGGCGGUCGGAUCUUUAAAAGGCUGAAGGCCACUCCGUUUGAAAGAAACAACUACCGUAUUUUUCGCUCUAUAACACGCAACAGACCAUAACACGCACGUAGUUUUUAGAGGAGGAAAACAAGAAAAAAAAUAUUCUAAACGAAAUAGUGGAUAUAUGAUUUUUGUGGUUCAUGCUGUGGCCACAGACAUGUGAUCUGACAGUGAGUUUGGAGUAGCCCAGUGCAAAAAUCCUGAGGAUCCAUGUGGAUCCAUGCUUUGUAACCACGGAGGAGGGAAGGAAGGGGAACCAUGGAUCCUCUGCUCACGACUGCAGAUCCCCCCCGCCACCCGCAGGCAUUCGCUCCAUAACACGCACAGACAUUUCCCCUUACUUUCUAGGAGGAAAAAAGUGAGUGUUAUGGUGCAAAAAAUACGGUAUAUCUGACUUUUAGAAGACAUCUGAAGGAGGCCCUGUGUUGGGAAGUUUCUAAUCUUUGACGUUUUAGUAUGUGCUGUGAGCUGCUCAGAGCGGCUGGGGAAACCCAGCCAGAUCUGCGCGGUUGUUGUUGUUUAGACAUUUAGUCGUGUCCGGCUCUUCGUGACCCCCUGGACCAGAGAACGCCAAGCUCUCCUGUCUUCCACUGCCUCCCACAGUUUGGUCAAACUCAUGCUGGUCGCUUCGAGAACACUGUCCAACCAUCUCGUCCUCUGUCGUCCCCUUCUCCUUGUGCCCUCCCAACAUCAGGGUCUUUUCCAGGGAGUCUUCUCUUCUCAUGAGGUGACCAAAGUCUUGGAGCCUCAGCUUCAGGAUCUGUCCCUCCAGGGAGCACUCAGGGCUGUUUUCCUUCAGAAUGGAUCGGUUUGAUCUUCUUGCGGUCCAUGGGACUCUCAAGUCUCUUCCAGCACCAGAAUUCAAAAGCAUCCAUUCUUCGGCGAUCAGCCUUCUUUAUGGACCAGCUCUCACUUCCAUACAUCACUACUGGGAAAACCAUAGCUUUAACUAUACGGACCUUUGUUGGCAAGGUGGAAGUAUUGUUAUUUAUUUGCAUUGUGCAUGCAAAUAUAAGGAACUCUUCCAGUCCUUCAGAGAUAGAUAGAUAUAUUUUAAAGGGCAUUUGUCGUUUCAAAAGCUGCUGUGGGUGAUAUGAUCCUUGCAUGCACAUAUAAGAGGGAUGGAGGCAGCGGCUGCAGCCGGCCAGAUUGCAUGCAUUGUGAUUCAGAUAGGGUUGCUAUGGAGACCCCAACAAGUGGAGUGGGGAACUUGUGAUAGGGCCCAUUACCGUUAUCUCCCUGGCUGGAUAAUGCUGUUUUGUCACCGAGGACUUAAUACAUCUGUUUCCUCUGCACGAUUCCCCAUCUUGGCUCUCUGCCUGCCACAAGCCAGCUCUUGUUUUUCCAGGUUGGGAACAGACACAGACUGGGCUUCUCCUCUCAUCAGUCCAUUUGCGAGCUUUGAGCUGUGGUUCUUUUAGCUUGGGGGUCAGGAACCCGUGGCUGUCCAGAAAUCAUAGAGUCGGAAGAGGGACCCCCAGCCUUCAUCUAGCCCAACCCCUUUGCCAUGCAGGGAUCUCAUCCGUGGGGCCACCCAACCUCUGCUUAAAAACUUCCAGGGAAGGAAAGUCCACAACAUCCCAAGGGAAGCCCGUUCCCCUGUCGAACGGCUCUUCUGCUGUCAAAAAGUUGUUCCUAAUGUUUCGUUGGAGUCUCCUUUCUUGUAAAUUGAAGCCCUGGGUUCGGGUCCCGCCCUGCAGAGCAGCAGAAAACAGGCUUGCUCCAUGUGACACUUCUUCUGUGGGGUGUUAGGUAUUGGGGAAAUACCUUGCUUGCGCUUGAACAAGCACCUGUUAGAAGAAUUUUAAGUUCUUAGAUAUGUAAUAAUUGUUCAUGGAUGUACCAAGCAAACAUAUACAUAAAUAUAUAAACGACAUGUCUGAAACACCACAGAAAAAAAAAGUCCUGAACAAAGUGACCUCAAAUAUUUCUCUGCAAGGCCAAAGUGGGAAACCUCCCCAUUGUCUUUUUCCUCACAAAUCCUGUCUUAAGGGCACAUUUAAGAUAUGAAUAGGGUGUGAGCCUGUGAUCUGGCUCAGGAACUAAGUAUUUAUCAUUACAAAAGACUGGCCAGACUCCCUAGGCAAUCCAAUCAAGUGACCAUUAAACAGGUAAUCUGCCCGACAGGAGAUAAACAACGCACUCAGAUUUCUGUUGUAGACCACCCCUUCUGUGAUGUAGGUAUGAUGUGUUUGGGGGGUGGUCUUGAGCUACACCCCUUUUUGUGAUGUAUGUAUGAUGUUUCUAGCGGUGGUCUUGGACUCCAGGGCGGGCAAUUUAAAAUGUCUAUAUAAGGGCGGGCACACCUUUGUUCUGGGUCCUCCUCCUUUCUCCUGUCUGUGAGGGGCCAAUAGUGGAAUAAAGAUCAAGCUUACUAGGUGCUUUGCUUCUCAAUAUUCUCUGGUUGGCCUCUGUUAUUUUCUCCGACCGAUGGAGAACCUACAAAGGACUCCACAAGGGCUCUUGUGUACCCCAUAAGAGAAUAAGGACAGAUUUUCUUUAUUACACACUCUCCUGCACCCAUUGACCGAAAUGUGUGGCAAACACAGUGACUUACACAUUAAAGCCUUUGGCCAAAAAAAAAAAAGUUUUGCGAGUUUGAGCACUGUUUCUUCUGCCAGUGGGAGCCAGUGGGUAGGGUUUCCAUACGUCUGCAGUAUCCCGGACAUAGCCAGGAUCUGGUCAUUGGAAACAGUGUCCGGGCGGAAAUCGCAAAAAUGUCUGGGAAAAUCUGGAUGUAUGACAACCCAUGUCGGAAGUGUAGAUAUUGCCGAAUUUCAUUAAAAAAUAGCUCAAAAAUUCAGCACAGCUUCAGGUUUUGGGUACAGUGGUACCUCAGGUUACAGACACUUCAGGUUACAGACUCCGCUAACCCAGAAAUAGUACCUCAGGUUAAGAACUUUGCUUCAGGAUGAGAACAGAAAUCGCAUGGCAGCAGCGGGAGGCCCCAUUAGCUAAAGUGGUACCUCAGGUUAAGAACAGUUUCAGGUUAAGCACGGAGCUCCGGAACGAAUUAAGUACGUAAACAGAGGUACCACUGUACUCUCAUAGACAAAAAACCAUGGUGUCAAGUGCUAAGAAUAAACCCUUUUUUGCAACCCACAGUUGAUCUGUAUUGGCUGUGUUACUAAUAGAGGCCACAGUGGGGUGGUAAUUCUUGUCAACCAGUUUCUGUAGUAAUUAAAUUAUUGUGUUUGGUCACUAUUUUGAAUAUUCGUAAGAAAGUUUGUGAAAUAAAUCCAUUUCUAAGACUGUAUUCCCAAUUAUUGUUUUCGGGGGGGAAAUAGCUCAGAAAUGGCUUCUUCUUUUUUUGAGAUUUUGAAAAAGAAAAAAGCAAGCUCAACAGCUUUGUGGCCCCGCGAAAAACCCCCCGUUUUUUCUUUCUGGAGAACCCCCCGUUUUUUCUCUCUGGAUUUUUGCUUUUUGAAAUAUGGCAACCCUAUGGGACACUCACUGCUGGUAUUGGAUUUCUCAUGAAGAAUCGAGAAGCAUCCCAUUGGUAGAGCUCCCUUGCCACUUAGCGCCCCCCCUAAGUAAUCCCACCUCCCCAGAGGUGCUUUAACCACACAGGAGAAGGCAGUUGUCACCAAGUUAGCGCCAUGCAAAUCGGGUGCUCCAGGAAAGCUUAUAACAUCUUGGAAGUUUCCUAAAAAGCCAAGCGACAACUGUCAGGUCUCCUUGAGCAGGGAGUUCCACAGAUGUGGUAAGCACUGCUUUCUGCAGCCAGUCGUCAGACUAAUUUCAUAAUAGCCUUAAUUCGCUAAUUUUGCUUUUCUUCUUCUCUGAAAAGGUCUCUGUGUGGGAGAAUUUCACCUUAAUGGCCGGAUCCUGUUUUAGUCUGCAGAAAAAAACACCCCCCACAAAAAACUGGGUACAAUGAAGUGCAUUGUGACAUAUUUUAGAAACUGCAAUCGAGGGAGAGGGCUAAAAAGUGAAAGGAUAUCAGGCUUAACUGCCGGGUGCUUGCAGAGUUUUAAAUAGCAAUUGCGCUUAUCUCUAGUAGGAAUUGUGGCCUUUGCUAGCUAGGUUUCAUUCUCCAGUGAGCAGCUGGCCCGUUUCUCCACCACCUCAGCCCCAAAGUGAGAGAAUCUGCUCUUAAAAAGUCCUUAACAGAUCGCUUCCAGGGGCCUCAUGUGGAUCACAUUUUAAAAGAUGUGUGUGUUUAGUCGUUUAGUCGUGUCCGAUUCUUCAUGACCCCCUGGACCAGAGCACGCCAGGCCCUCCUGUCUUGAGGAGGAGACUCUUGAGAGUCCCAUGGACUGCAAGAAGAUCCAACCUCUCCAUUCUGAAGGAAAUCAGCCCUGAGUGCUCACUGGAAGGACAGAUCCUGAAGCUGAGGCUCCAAGACUUUGGCCACCUCAGGAGAAGAGAAGACUCCCUAGAAACGUUCUUUGGAACCCGAACGUCCGACAGGGGUUCCGCGGCUUCCGAUUGGCUGCAGGAGCUUCCUGGAGCCAAUCAGAAGCCACGCCUUGGUUUCUGAACGUUUUGGAAGUCAAACAGACUUCCGGAACAGAUUCCGUUCGACUGUACUGUGGAUUGGAAGCAGUUCUCCAGACAUUUCCUGCUCUACCUGGAAAUGCUAUAAAAUUGAGAUUCCGAUGAAAACCCUGGAGAGCUGCUGCCAUCGGUGUGGGUAUCCUGAACAAGAUGGACCAAUGGUUUGACUUGGGAAAGAAGUCAGUUUCCGACGUUCCUAAUUAUUACGCCUCUGUAAUCUUGCUGCGCAGGAUCGUGCUGCUAAAACCACCUCACACAAUUCAAAAACCCGCUUUAAGAUGACUUAAGUCAGGGUGUCCCAGACUUGGGUCUCCAGCUGUUUUUGGACUACAACUCCCAUCAGCCCUAACUAGCAGGAGCAGUGAUCAGGGAUGAUGGGAACUGUAGUCCAAAACCACCUUUUUGGAAAGCCUGGCUUAAAUGAACUACUAAAAAUGAGGCAAGCAUGCUUGCGUACGAUCAAUGAGAUGGUUGGACAAUGUUCUUGAAGCUACCAGCAUGAGUUUGACCAAACUGCGGGAGGCAGUGGAAGACAGGAGGGCCUGGCGUGCUCUGGUCCACGGGGUCACGAAGAGUCGGACACGACUAAACGACUAAACAACAACAGAGACCAGGAAUGAUAAGCAAGCAGCAUUAAUGUUUAUUGACACAGAGAAGGCCUUUGAUAAUAUUUCAUGGGAUUUUAUGAAAAGUAAUUUGGAGUUAAUGGCUAUGGGGCAAUGGGAGCAAAUAGUCUUUAAGGUCUAAGUAGCAUAGCAUUUAAAAGAAGGCAGUUGAGCUCCUGAAUUGAGGUGUGUGUUUGCGUGAAGUUUGCAUGGGACCAGGAGACAGACUGAUCUGGGGCAUGCGCUCAGGUUGUUUCCUGAGAACCUUCCAUUGGUCAGAGGUCCAAAGUCCACGAGUGGAAACUGAACUCCGGUUCGGGGCGCCUGGAAUAAAACAACUGUCGCCACUUUUUGUGCAGAACCAUUUUCCUAUUUUGCUGCUCUGUCAUCGUCCUGUCGCAAGGCUGGGCUCUCCUAUUUCGUGCUGGACAAUAGCUCGCCCUUAGCUUGCCCGUUCCUUUGCAGCAGUUCUGGAUUUUGACCCCUUCUCUCCUUGCACGGAGCCCGCCAGAUACAAUAAGACCGUUUGGUGGCGUGUUUCAUCGGGGCUCAGAGCAGCCAUGCUGCUCCUUUAUAGAUCGCCUUCCUAAUCCUCCUCUCUCAGAGGCAAUAAAUUUCACUGCUCAGCUCCGCUCAUGUAACUUAAUGACCCACCCAAGCCUCGUAAAUUUCCAGGGGUUGGUUUUGUUGUGUGUGUGAAGCCUUUUGGUUUUCUUUUAAAGAUAUGCAACCUGAACCGGCAGUCGCGGGAACAAAAGAAAAUAAAAGAUACGUCAGCACUCCUUUAGAAAGCCAGUGAGUGGCUAUUCCAGGCUAUUCCAAAGUCCUAAAAGACCUACAUUGGCUCCCAGUACGUUUCCAAGCACAAUUCAAAGUGUUGGUGCUGACCUUUAAAGCCCUAAACAGCCUUGGCUCUGUAGACCUGAAGGAGCAUCUCCACCCCCAUUGCUCAGCCCAGACACUGAGGUCCAGCACCGAGGGCCUUCUGGUAGUUCCCUCGCUGACAGGGAACCAAACAGAGGACCUUUUCGGUGGUGGCGCCCUCCCUUCAGAUGUCAAGGAAAUAAACAACUAUCUGACUUUUAGAAGACAUCGGAAGGCAGCCCUGUAUUGGGAAGUUUUUAAUGUUUGAUGUUUUAUGGUGUUUUUAUAUGUGUUGGAAGCUGCCCAGAGUGACUGGUGCAGGGUAUAAAUAAUAAAAAUUAUUAUUAUUAACCAUUAAGUGCUUUAAAAGAUCAAAGUUCAUCCAUCAGCCUAGGACCCACGUACCUACGGGACCGCCUCUCCUGGUAUGCCCCGCAGAGGACCUUAAGGUCCACAAAUAACAACAGUUUGGAGGCCCCAAGCCUCAAGAAGGUUAGAUUGGUUUCAACUAGGGCCAGGGCCUUUUCAGCACUGGCCCCCAACGUGGUGGAACGCUCUGUCACAAGAGACUAGGGCCCUGCGGGACUUGACAUCUUUAUGCAGGGCCUGCAAGACAGAGCUGUUCCGCCUGGCCUUUGGUUUGGACUUGGUCUGACCCUUAUGUUUCCCUCCCCUAAACAAUCUGAGCCAUUUAUUUGUUUUACGGGACAGGGAACAAGUUUGUUCCUGGCCCAAAAGGAAUCCUGACCCCCUUCGGCUGUGUUGCAAAGGCUCUCGCUGACCCUUUGUGCUCUUGCAAGGAAAGUGGGGCCUCGUCUGCCUGCCACGCUGGGUCUCUGACUCACCCACCCUGCUCAGAGGUCCCUUUCUUUGCUCCUCUGGGAAUCCUGAGAGCUAUGUGUCUUCAUUUACCGGAAUCGUGCAUCGGCACAAAAAGAUCUUCCCCUGUCACGUGGGCAGAGCUUUUGUUGCACAUUGCCACAAGCCCUGGAGAAACUGAAUCGCCUCUUUUUUUGUGGGGGCGCUUAAAAACAAGCCCACGUCUCUUCUCUUGUCUCCCCACCCCCUUCCUUUCCCAAUGUGUGCAAAUUCCAGAGUCUUUAUUUGGACGACUAGCCCCCUGGAUUCAGUGGGAAUCAACUCCCCAGUAAACCUUGCCCAGAAUUGCAACCUUAUGCUCAAGAUAGUCACCUUACCCAUUUUCGAAAGUUGCACGAGACAGAGAGGAACGUUGGACUCCCCUCCCGAUUUCUUUUCUGCCCAUUUUCAACUCUGGUCAGAUUCUCCAGGUUAUUGAAAUGUUACGUUACUCGCAACAGCACUUAGCCAGGAUAUAUGGGGAAGGUUUUUUUGGAUAUAUGGUUUUAAUUUCACAUCUGAGCACAUGAUGGAGGAGCUCAAAGUAUCAGCGUCCCCAGACAUCUGAAGGCAGCUCUGUAUCAGGAAGUUUUCAAUGGUUGACGUUUGCUGUGCUUUUAUUAUGUUGGAAGAGGCCCAGAGAGGCUGGGGCAAGCCAGUCAGAUGGGCACAAUAUAAAUAUUAUUAUUUUUUAAUUUUUGUUAUUAUUCUGUUGCUUCGCCUUAGACUUUCCAGGAGAGCCCCAAAGUCCGGCACAGAGCAAACCUGUCUCUAUGUCUCCAUCUGCACUGGAAAGUUACCGUAUUUUUUGCUCUAUAAGACGCACCAGACCAUAAGACGCACCUAGUUUUUGGAGGAGGAAAACAAGAAAAAGAAUAUUCUGAAUCUCAGAAGCCAGAACAACAAGAGGGAUCGCUGCGCAGCGAAAGCAGUGAUCCCUCUUGCUGUUCUGGCUUCUGGAAUAGCUGCACAGCCUGCACUCGCUCCAUAAGACGCACACACAUUUCCCCAUACUUUUUAGGAGGGAAAAAGUGAGUCUUCUAGAGCAAAAAAUACGGUAUUUGGUCUCUUCAUUUCACACUUUGUUUAUUUAUUCAUUUGCAUUCGUCAGGGGCCCAUAGACAGGAGUUUUCCGGGCAGUGUAGAAAGCCCCAGAAAGAUUAAAGAUCACACUUAACAUUAGGACAAAUUAAUAAGCAGCAAGCCAGAGGACUGUAAGAGCAAAACAAAUUCAUUUUUAAAUAGAGAGUCAAGAAAUGAUAACGCUGAAGCGAUGGUCUGUGAAAUUGCAGCGAUCAUGCAGGGGGACCGUGGAAUCAGAGCAGGAAAGGAUCAAAAGGACGCCAAGUUCACCCCCAUAUCUCAAAAGGGGUGUCACUGACUCUAUCCCAACAUAUCCAUUCCUGCCCCUUAAUUAUUGCAUUUUUAUCCCAUUUUUUGCUCCAAGGAGUUCAAGGUGACAGACACAGUUUUCCUGCUCCGAAUUGUAUCCUUAAUAAUAAUAAUAAUACAUUAUUUAUAUCCUGUCCUCCCCAGCCAAAGCCGGGCUCAGAGCGGCUAACAAUAGUAAAAGUAACACAGUUUACAUAAAACCACAAUCUGUUCUAAAAUCAAUUAAUUCUAAAAUGAAUUUUCUCAAUCAGGAAGCUGCUCUCCUUCCAGGAAAGUCAUGGCUUGGGGCAGUCAGUCUCAGAGUUGCUUCUGUGCUGAAGAGCUGGUGUGGGGAAUCCUUUGGCCCUCUCAUCACCCCCAACCACUGCUUGCCAGGGCUGAUGGGAGUUGUAUUUCAGCAGCAUCUGGCAGGCCAAAGGUUCCCCGCACCUAUUCCAGGGCAAACGUAUCAGGCAUAAGAAGAAGAAGAAGAGAAGAGUUUGGAUUUGAUAUCCGGCUUUAUCACUACCCAAAGGAGUCUCAAAGCGGCCAACAAUCUCCUUUCCCUUCCUCUCCCACAACAAACACUCUGUGAGUGAGUGGGGCUGAGAGACUUCAGAGAAGUGUGACUGGCCCAAGGUCACCCAGCAGCUGCAUGUGAACGAGCGAGGAAUCGAACCCGGUUCACCAGAUUACGAGUCCACCGCUCUUAACCACUACACCACACUGGCUCCCUAGGCCGCCUGGCUGUUUUGGGACUCCAGCUGAGCAUUGGCCGUGGUGCCUGGGGUUGGUGGGAGCUGGGAGUCCAACAGAUGGAAGCAACUUUCCUGUCUCCCCAUAUAUGGGGAAAGGUUGGAAUCACAAAGUGGCUACAACUUCCAGUGAAAAUCCGAAGCCAUAAUUGACCCCGACUCUCCAUGGGUGCAGAGGGGGCAUCGGCCAGCCGGAGAGGACACUUGCCAUCUGUCUGUGGGCUUCCUGAGGGCAUCUGGUUAGCCAUUGCGAGAUCCAGGAUGCUGAACUUGAUGGGCUUUUGCUCUGAUCCAGCAGGUCCCUUCUUAUCUAAAAAAAUGUAGUAUAACCACCGACAACUGGGAAACACUGGCCUGCAAGCGCUCCAAUUGGAGAACAGCCUUUACCAAAGGUGUCGUGGGCCAGGCAUAACAACAACCUUGUGAGGUAGGUUAGGCUGAGAGACAGGGGCCAACUGCUCCAGGCUCACUCAGCAAGCUGGUAACCACCUUAGCACUUUGGAAGUUGUUCAAUCAAAGUUUCUAAGGCAGAUUUUUUCUGUACCGCCAUGCGUCCCAAACGCAUCAUUGCGACUGGAGGCAAGUCUCCCUUUAGUAGAAGUACGGACUUGGCAAAGAACUCUUAACUUCUGGCUCCGCCUAAACUCAAAUCCCCCCGGUUUACUAUCCCUAGUACUUCAAGACUCCCAUAAAAAUGCCUGGCUUAAAACCCUCUAUCCAAAACUUCACUCUUGUGGCCUAUCCCCACAACACCUCCUCACUAUGGGCCCUACUAAAGCAAACAGGCUAACUGGUCAACGUCUAAAAGAUAUCGAGCAUCAGAACAACCUGGCCACUAUAAGGAAAUUCUGCCCUUGGUAUGUUUAGUUUCCACCUCUCCAUUUUGAUUCUCUGGCCCCAUAUCUGCACAAACGUAUUAUCCCAAAAUACAGACGUGCUUUUACACUUUCAAGACUGGAUGUUUUGCCAUCUGCGGUACUUGAGGGUCGAUUCCAAAAGAUCCCGCCUGAGAAACGUCUUUGCACCUGUGGAGACGGUAGCACCGAAACAGCGGCACACGUCCUCCUGUCCUGUACUCUCUACAAAGACCCGAGGAACGAGAUCAUCACCCCACUCGUACUAACCAUCCCAGGGCGCUCAACCACAGCCACAAUGUCCUUUCUUCUAUCAGAUCAAAAUGAGCAGAUAACAGCAAAGGUGGCUAGGUUCAUAGCAGAGGCAAUCAGAAUAAGGGCUGAUUCAGGACUUUAAAUUGUGCUCUUAUAUCAAAUUUCCUUUUGCGUAUACUGUAAUGUUUUACUGUUGCUAUGGCCAUUGGCUAAUGCGAAUAAAGUUUUAUCUCUCUCUUCAUGACUGAGUGGGGAAUUCAAACCCUGCUCUCUCCCCCAGGUCUCGAACCCAGUGUUUCCCAAACUUGGGUCUCCAGCUGUCUUUGGACUACAAUUCCCAUCAUUCCAUGACCACUGGUCCUGCUAGCUAGGGAUGAUGGGAGUUGUAGUCCAAAAAAACAGCUGGAGACCCAAGUUUGGGAAACGCUGCUCUAACCACUAAGCCACCACUGUCUCCUUCUGCCUGGAGAUGCCAGGAAUGGAAGCUGGGACCUUUUAUCGAAGUCCCUCUGGGCUAAGCAAUGUUUCUCCUCCUCUUUCUGCAACAGGGCUGUGAUCCGUUGGCGCAGACUCAGCGCAGCAAAUUGCAGCACCGCCGGGCGCGAAUCAACCAGCAGAUCAACAAGGAGAUGAGGAUGCGGGCAGGGGCAGAGAACCUCUUCAGGUUUGUUGUUCUUUGUCUCCAUCCGGUUGUUUUCCCCUUUCCAUCGUCGGGUGUAUUUGCAAGACGUUAAGGGCUAGAAACUUAACUCUGUGAACUGCCCUGAGACCUACGGAUGAAGGGUGGUAUGCAAAUUUAAUAAAUAAUAAUCGGGGGGGGGGGCUUCCCAAGGACUCGCUGCACCUUUUGCCGUGAUGCAGAAAGUCGGGCACAGUGUUCCAAAGCGUUUUGGUAAACCUAAGGUUUUAUCAGGGAUGCAGGUAGCGCUGUCGGUUAAACCACAGAGCCUAGGACUUACCGAUCAAAAGGUCAGCAGUUCGAAUCCUCGUGACAGGGUGAGCUCCCAUUGCUCAGUCCCUGCUCCUGCCAACCUAGCAGUUCGAAAGCACGUCAAAGUGCAAGUAGAUAAAUAGGUACUGCUCUGGCGGGAAGGAAAACGGUGUUUCCGUGCGCUGCUCAGAAGCGGCUUAGUCAUGCUGGCCACAUGACCUGGAAGCUGUACGCUGGCUCCCUCGGCCAAUAAAGCGAGAUGAGCACCGCAACCCCAGACUCAGCCAUGAUUGGACCUAACAGUCAGGAGUCCCUUUACCUUUUUAUAUGCUAUAUGGUAGUUUAUGGACCUAAUAGGUAUCUAAAGCCAUUUCUACAUGUUGCCGUGCAACCAGUCCAUGCAGAAUAUAGGCACCCUAUAUAUAGAAAGGAGCAAAACAGUGAUAUUUUAGGGAGCAGGCUAGCAGGCGGGGCCCAUGACUUACAUCAUAGGAGCCUACACAACACAAAACACUGUUGCUGUAUGUAGGUUUUAUUUUAUUUGUUUUUUAUCUUAAAUUUUGGAAAUGUACAGUGGUACCUCGGGUUAAGAACUUAGUUCGUUCUGGAGGUCUGUUCUUAACCUGAAACUGUUCUUAACCUGAGGUACCACUUUAGCUAAUGGGGCCUCCCGCUGCCGCACGAUUUCUGUUCUUAUCCUGAAGCAAAGUUCUUAACCCGGGGUACUAUUUCUGGGUUAGCAGAGUCUGUAACCUGAAGCGUCCGUAACCCGAGGUACCACUGUACAUCCAGGGUUUUUUUCCUUUUGAAUCUUUAUGGGGGCCCCAAGAAAGUGGGGCCCUAAUCUAUAGCUUUGUUUAGCUUAUAAUCUGGCGCUGGUUUUGCCCCAAGCAAGGCAGGGAGCUUAAAAGCUCUUUCCAUGCUAGGUUUGCCUGGGGUAAGGUAAAGGUAAAGGGACCCCUGACCAUUAGGUCCAGUCGUGGCCGACUCUGGGGUUGCGACACUCAUCUCGCUUUAUUGGCCGAGGUAGCCGGCGUACAGCUUCCGGGUCAUGUGGCCAGCAUGACUAAGCCGCUUCUGGCGAACCAGAGCAGCACAUGGAAACGCCGUUUACUUUCCCACCAGAGCGGUACCUAUUUAUCUACAUGCACUUUGACGCGCUUUCGAACUGCUAGGUUGGCAGGAGCAGGGACCGAGCAACGGGAGCUCACCCCGUCAUGGGGAUUCGAACCGCUGACCUUCUGAUCGGCAAGUCCUAGGCUCUGUGGUUUAACCCACAGCACCACCCGCGUCCCUUGCCUGGGGUACUUAGUGUGGAAAGAGCAUUUAAGCUCUCCGCCUUGCACAUGGGCUCUGGGAGUGCUGAGGAUGCUCUUAAUCUGCAAACACAGAGCAGUUCCCAGGGUUUGGGGAUGCAUGUUUUCAUUCUUGAAUAGAACCCUUUAAACCAAACCCCUGUUUUGAGAUAGUACUUCCUGAAACUCCCUCACUGGUGACUUUCCUUUCGGAGUGAAAGGCCGCCUAGAAAAAAAAGUUUGAUAAAUGCAUCCGUUAAACAUUGCAAACUGCAACAAAGUGUUGCAGCGUGGGUUGGUUCCUGUUCGGAGUUCUAGCCAGCCCGUCACACACCCCUCAACCCUUCCAAGACGUUCCGAUCUGUGCCCAGAAAGUUCAGCUCGGAUUCUGUGUUUGGAAGGCAAAACUAGCAUCGUAUGAGCUGUGACAGGGUUAGGAUCUGAUUCACGGAGCACAGAAGUGACUCAGCAGCUUCCCAGACUGGUUCUGGCCUCCACAGCAGCCUUUGGAGAGGUCAGGGGUUGACAGGUGAGCCAGGGCAGGCGAGGGAAGAUUGCAGCAGCUGCAAAAGUGCAACUCAGGUAACAGAUGGGGAAGAAGCUUGGUGCAGUUGUCACUUCAAAGCAAACUGAACCUGCAGAUUCCAAGACACAGCCAUCCUCUGAAACCCACACUUCCUUUGAAUUUUGCAAUUCUGCUAUCCAGACGAUUAAUGCAAAAUGUGUUUACUGGGACAAAAUGUGCAGAAAAAGGCAUUGAUUAAAAGCACUGAAGAAGUUGCAUUUCUGUUACUGUUUACUAUUGAAUUCUAGUGGAUUAUUGAAUAUUGAUUUAUUUGAUAUAAGUUGUUUAUUUUAAAAUAAUCAUAAUCAUAAUCAUAAUCAUAAUAAUUUAUACCCUGCCCAUCUGGCUGGGUUUCCCCAGCCAUUCUGGGUGGCUCCCAACAGAAUAUUAAAAACACAAUAAUAAUUAUUGUGACUUUUUCUUAGAUUCUUGCUAUUAAUGUUUGAUGUUUGAUUAUUAUUUUUACGUAUGUUGGAAGCCGCCCAGAGUGGCUCGGGCAACCCAUCCAGAUGGGCAGAGUAUAAAUAAAAUAUUAUUAUUUUUAGGAGUUGGCUUACAAAAACAUGUCUGUAAUGCAAGAUUGCAUAACAAUGUGUUUAUUUGGAAUAAUUCACCCUGAAAUGCUGAUGGGUGUUUACAGAGAACUUCCAUCACAGAUUCUGUUGGGGCAGCAGUUCAUCGUGCAGGUUCGGAGAUUUUUGUGCUUGUGUUUAAAUGGAGAAUCAGUGAUUGGAAGGAGCAGUUUUAAGGGGAACCAGGAAAGAUGUUGGAAAACAUGCUUUUGUAUUGACGGAUCCCCUAGGAAUAUGCUUUUUUAAAAUAAAAAAUAAAACAGUUGAGAGGCUUUCACCUUUCCUAGCUUUGGCGUGCUCAAGGCAACAUAAAACUUGCUGGGUUAGCAAGGGGCAAAUCGCUUGCACUCUCCUUUUCUCAAGCAAGGAAUCGAAAGCCGAAGCAGAUUGCCGGGAGUGUGGGAGUCUGGGAUUCUUAACCCUGCCGCCUGCUAGAGUUGGAAGAAUGCACAGGAGGCUCUGCGUCAGCUUCGGGAAAUAAUUGAGGAGCAAAACACCGGAUGUCCUGGGAGCUGAGAGGCAUCUUCUGGGUCGCCGACCCCAAACUCCUCCAGAGCUGCGGCAGGGACCCUCCCCAUGGCACUCUGCGCCAGGGAGUGAUGGAAUAGGUCUCUGAUGUUAUCUGCAGUGUUGGAGCUGCUUUGCCUUGGAAAUAGCAGUUUCCAUGAAUCACAAGGGGAGGGGAUGCUGGGCCGCAGAGAUGGUCCUUUGGCCCGAUCCAAAAGGACUUUGUUCCUCUGUUUUUCGGGGUCCAACCUAGCUGAGACCUAUUUGCAUUGUUGUUGUUGUUGUUGUUUAGUCGUGUUCGACUCUUCGUGACCCCAUGGACCAGAGCACACCAGGCACUCCUGUCUUCCACUGCCUCCCGCAGUUUGGUCAAACUCAUGCUGGUAGCUUCGAGAACACUGUCCCACCAUCUCGUCCUCUGUCGUCCCCUUCUCCUUGUGCCCUCCAUCUUUCCCAGGGUCUUUUCCAGGGAGUCUUCUCUUCUCAGGAGGUGGCCAAAGUCUUGGAGCCUCAGCUUCACUAUCUGUCCUUCCAGUGAGCACUCAGGGCUGAUUUCCUUCAGAAUGGAUAGGUUUGAUCUUCUUGCAGUCCAUUGCACUCUCACGUCUCCUCCAGCGCCAUAAUUCAAAAGCAUCAAUUCUUUGGCGAUCAGCCUUCUUUAUGGUCCAACUCUCACUUCCAUACAUCACUACUAGGAAAACCAUAGCUUUAACUAUACGGACCUUUGUUGGCAAGGUGAUGUCUCUGCUUUUUAAGAUGCUGUCUAGGUUUGUCAUUGCUUUUUUUUUUUUUUAAUAAGAUAUUUAUUGAGAUUUUCAAAAUAUUACAAAAUAAAAAUAAAAAAAGAAGAAAAUACAAAAUAAAAAGGGUUAAAAACAACUCAAUCUUUCCAUUACUUAUUUUUCAUUAGCUUGUUUCCCGGACUUCCUCACGCCACCCUUUUUUGUAUUCCAGUUCAGUUUGUUGGUUCAGCAAAUCCUUACCCUCUUUGUUUAUCCUAAUCUUUAAUCUUAAAAUAUUGUAACAUUAAAUUUUUACCUAUUAAUAAUCCAUUUUUCAUAUUCCCUUAUAGUAUUACAGCUGAAAACCACUUAAUUUCUAUCCAACAUCAUUCUAACAUUCAUUAAUUUUACAAUAUUUCUGUAGAUAGUCUUUGAAUUUCUUCCAAUCUUCUUCCACCGACUCUUCUCCCUGGUCUCGGAUUCUGCCAGUCAUUUCCGCCAGUUCCAUAUAGUCAUCACCUUCAUCUGCCAUUCUUCCAGAGUGGGUAGAUCUUGUGUCUUCCAAUACUUUGCAAUGAGUAUUCUUGCUGCUGUUGUAGCAUACAUAAAAAAAGUUCUAUCCUUCUUUGGCACCAAUUGGCCGACUAUGCCCAGGAGAAAGGCCUCUGGUUUCUUCAAGAAGGUAUAUUUAAAUACCUUUUUCAAUUCAUUAUAGAUCAUCUCCCAGAAAGCCUUAAUCCUUGGGCACGUCCACCAAAGGUGAAAGAAUGUACCUUCAGUUUCUUUACAUUUCCAACAUUUGUUAUCGGGCAAAUGAUAGAUUUUUGCAAGCUUGACUGGGGUCAUGUACCACCUGUAUAUCGUUUUCAUAAUAUUCUCUCUUAAGGCAUUGCAUGCCGUAAACUUCAUACCUGUGGUCCAUAACUGUUCCCAGUCAGCCAUCAUUAUGUUAUGUCCAACAUCUUGUGCCCAUUUAAUCAUAGCAGAUUUCACCGUUUCAUCCUGAGUAUUCCAUUUCAACAGCAAGUUAUACAUCUUUGACAAAAUCUUAGUUUUGGGUUCUAACAGUUCUGUUUCUAAUUUUGAUUUUUCCACCUGGAAACCAAUUUUCUUGUCCGAAUUAUAUGCCUCCAUUAUCUGAUAAUAAUGAAGCCAAUCUCGCACUUUAUUUUUUAGUUUCUCAAAACUCUGCAAUUUCAGUCUAUCUCCCUCUUGUUCCAGAACUUCCCAAUAUUUCGGCCACUUGGCCUCCAUAUUGAGCUUUUUCUGUGCUUUUGCUUCCAUCGGUGACAACCACCUUGGGGUUUUAUUUUCCAAUAAAUCCUUAUAUCUUAUCCAGACAUUAAACAAUGCUUUCCUGACAAUAUGAUUCUUGAAUGCUUUAUGUGCUUUGACCUUAUCAUACCACAGAUAUGCAUGCCAUCCAAAUACGUUGUUAAAACCUUCUAAAUCCAAAAUGUCUGUAUUUUCAAGAAGCAGCCAUUCUUUCAACCAGCAGAAAGUUGCUGAUUCAUAAUAAAGUUUAAAGUCUGGCAGGGCAAAUCCACCCCUUUCCUUUGCAUCAGUUAAUAUCUUAAAUUUUAUUCUGGGCUUCUUGCCCUGCCAGACAAAUCUAGAAAUGUCUCUCUGCCACUUCUUGAAGCAAUCCAUUUUGUCCACAAUUUGCAAUGUUUGAAACAAAAACAACAUUCUAGGCAAUACAUUCAUUUUUAUCGCAGCAAUACGACCCAGCAGUGAAAGCUUCAAAUUUGACCAAAUUUCUAAAUCUUUUUUCACUUCAGCCCAGCAUUUUUCAUAGUUGUCUUUAAAUAGAUUCCCAUUUUUUGCUGUCAUGUUAAUCCCCAGGUAUUUCACUUUCUUAACCACUGUUAAACCUGUCUCAUUCUGAAACCUCUCUCUCUCAAUCGGUGUUAAGUUUUUCUCUAAAACCUUGGUUUUUAACUUAUUCAGUUUAAAUCCUGCAACCUGACCAAAUUCUUGAAUCAGUUCUAAAACCCUUUUGGUACUAGAUUCUGGCUCCUGUAACGUCAAUACUAAGUCAUCUGCAAAUGCUCUCAAUUUGUACUGUUUGGCUCCGACUUGUAUACCUUUAACUAACUGGUCCCUUCUAAUCAUAUUCAGCAAAACCUCCAGGACCGAUAUAAAAAGCAAUGGGGAAAUUGGGCAACCUUGUCGUGUCCCUUUUUCUAUCUUAAAUUCUUCCGUCACCACAUUAUUUACAAUUAGUUUAGCCUUUUGUUCUGAAUAAAUUGCACUUAUACCGUUUUCAAAGCCUUGGCCUACCCCCAUCCCCUGUAGGUUCUUCUUCAUAAAACUCCAAGAGAUAUUAUCAAAAGCUUUCUCCGCGUCCACAAAUAUCAAAACUGCUUUAGUAUUUAUGUUCACUUCUAGUUUUUCCAAAAUAUCAAUUAUAUUCCUCAAAUUGUCAGACAAGUGUCUUCCCGGAGAAAGCCCGCUUGGUCUUUAUGAAUCUCUUCCAUCAACACUUUUUCAAUCUCUUGGCCAAAAUGUCUGCAAAAAUUUUGUAAUCCACAUUAAGUAAUGAUAUGGGGCGGUAGUUCUUAAGCUGAGUCUUUUCAGUCUCUGUUUUCGGUAUAAGUGUAAUAUACGCUUCUUUCCACGACUCUGGUGCCCUUUUCCCUUCCAAUAUUUCAUUGCAGACUUCCUUUAAAGGUUGUACUAACCACUCUUUCAAGGAUCUAUAGUAUCUAGAAGUCAGCCCAUCCGGUCCUGGAGAUUUGCCUAAUUGCAUAUUUUGAAUGGCACCUUCUACUUCCUGUUCAGAUAUUUUAUAAUUCAACAUUAAUUUACUUUCUUGAGAGAUUUUUUUGUAAUCCAUUUAUCUUCAGAAAUCGAUCUAUGUCCAUUUCUUUCUGUGGCCCUUGUGUAUAUAGUUGUUUAAAGUACCUCUGGAAACAAUUUCUAAUCUCAGCUGGGUUCUGUAUAUUCCUUCCUUCCACUUCUAAAUUUGUAACUGUAUUUAAUUUUUGUCUUUUUUUCAUUUGCCAAGCCAGCAAUUUCCCACAUUUAUUAGCUGAUUCAAAUGUUUUUUGUCUCAUUUGUUUAAUUUUCCAUUCUAUUUCCUGAUUCAUCAUUUCCAUAUAUUGUACUUGAUAUAACUUUAUUUCUCUCAAAAUCUCCUGUGACUUUGGUUUUGCUCUCAAUUUCUUCUCACUUUCUUUUAUUUUCUCCAAAAUUUUAUCUUUCUUCUCAUUUUGGCUUCUCUUCUUUAUUGCAUUCUGUUGUAUCAGAAACCCUCUCAUGACCGCUUUGCUUGCGUCCCAGAUUACUCUUUUUUCAACAUUAGUGUUCAUAUUUAUCUCAAAAUAGUCUCUCAAGGUUUUUUGGGCCUUUUUAUACACUUCUUCAUCUCUGAAUAAGGUGUCAUUCAUCCUCCAUCUGAAGGAGCCAGUUGAUAUUAGUUUCAUCUCCAUCCUUACAGCAUUGUGGUCGGAGCAGGUUUUUGGACAAAUUUCCACUUUCUUUAUCUUUGGUGCCAUUCCUCUAGUUACCCAUAUUUGGUCAAUUCUAGUCCAUGUCAUCUUGGCUUCAGAAAAGAAGGUUCCCUCUCUUCCCAAGGGAUUCUUUGUUCUCCAAGUAUCGAUUAAGUCCAAGUUGUCUGUCAUCUCGAAAAAUGUUUUCGGUAGUCUACCAUCCUUGGUAACUACCUGUCUUUGUGCCUUGUCCAUGUUUGUAGAUACUACUCCAUUCAUGUCCCCCAUCAAGAUCAGAUUGUAAUCCAAAUACAGUGGUGCCUCACAAGACGAAAAGAAUCCGUUCCGCAAGUCUCUUCGUCUUGCGGGUUUUUUCGUCUUGCGAAGCAAGCCCAUUAGAGGUUUAGCGGCUUAGCGCUACAGUAUUAGCGGCUUAGCCGGCUUAAAGAUCAGCUGAUAAGCGGCUUAGCAUCAGCUGUUAAGCGGCUUAAAGAUCAGCUGAUAAGCGGCUUAGCAUCAGCUGUUAAGCGGCUUAAAGAUCAGCUGAUAAGCGGCUUAGCACCAGCUGUUAAGCGGCUUAAAGAUCAGUUGAUAAGCAGCUUAGCAUCAGCUGUUAAACGGCUUAAAGAUCAGCUGAUAAGCGGCUUAGCCAUCAGCUGAUAAGCGGUUUAGCGGCUUGGGAAAAAGGGGGGGGGAAGGAAAAAAACCCUGCAGGAACUCGCAAGACAUUUUCGUCUUGCGAAGCAAGCACAUAGGAAAUUCGUUUUGCGAAGCACCUCCAAAACGGAAAACCCUUUCGUCUAGCGGGUUUUCCGUCUUGCGAGGCAUUCGUCUUGCGGGGCACCACUAUAGUCCAUUAAGGUCUCAUGCAACUUUUUAAAGAAUUCAGAUUUCCCCUCAUUCGGUGCAUAAAUUCCUACUAUCAAAAAUUUCUCUCCUUGAACUUGAAUUUCAAUUGCCACAAAUCUUCCUUGAUCGUCUUUAAAAAUGAAUUUCGGUGAUAGUCUCUCCUUAGCAUAAAUCACUACUCCUCUUUUUUUAACUUUGUCAGAUGAAAUAAACUCCUGUCCCAAUCUCUUGUUAAUCAAUACUUUCCUAUGUAGCCUUAUCACGUGUGUUUCCUGUAGACAAAUCAGGUCCAAUUGUUCCUUUUUUAAUAAAUGAAGAACACUUUUCCUUUUCCGAGGAGAGUUGAGGCCAUUACAAUUCCAACUUAAUAGUUGCAGAGCCAUGAUGGGGUUACUUCGCUUUACCUCCAACUGCGCCAAGUGUUUGUUCUUGUUCUGUCGGUGGUGUCACUUUCUCUGAACCAUGCAAUCCAAAAGAUAAGUUUGCUAUAUCUAGUAUUCCUCUUUCCAGUGCUUUUGGCUCUUCUCCAGAUUCCACUUCUUUCUGUAGAUCUUCUCCGUGGUCUUUCAAGAAUCUAUCUUUGUCAUUGACUGAUCUUAUUUUUAUCUUUCUUCCUUUAUAUUUAAAGGGCAGGCCUUGAGGGAAUUCCCACCUAAAGAUGAUUCUAUUACUUCUCAGAAGGGCAACCAAAUCUCCGUAAUUAAGCCUUAAGUCCAAAAGAUGUUUUGGAAUGUCCUUAAAUAUCUCCACACUUGACUCAUAUAUUUCCAGAGUCUUUUGGUAAUGCAGAUUCAAGAUUUUGUCUCUCUCCUCUUUUGUUCGAAGGGUAAUCAAACAGUCUCUCACCUUGUUCUUCCUUCCUCCUCUUCCAAGUCUAAAUGCACUCACUAUCUUAAAUUCUUCCUUCCUCAAAUCCUGUUGCCAGAAGUCUGCAAAUUCCUGCGUAAGAAAGUCAGUCAAGUUAUCUUUCUCAAGAAUCAGGUACAGCCCUGAUUCUCAAAUUUCUUUGUUUCUCCUUCAAUUCAAUCAUAGACAACGUCAAACCGUGGUCCUCGAGUUGCCUAUAUAUCGGUGGUAUCUUCUCUUGAGUAGCAGUUGCUAUGUCUUUUGCUUCUUCGGCUGUCUUUCGGGUCAAAGCAGAUUCCUGUAACAAUUUCUCAAUAGUCUCUGUAUUGGUAUUCACCUUCUGUCCCAAAUUAUUAAUACUUGUAGUAUUUUGGUCAAUUUUAACUGAUGCUUCGGCUACUUGUUUAUUUGUUCCAGCUACUUGUUUGGUUAAAUUUUCCAAAGAUUCAUUAAUUUUUCCUAGUGCCAGAGCCAAAACGUCUUCAGACGACAUUCCUUUUGGUUUAACUUGUGGGGGUGCAGCCCCUGAUAAUCCAGAUGGUCCAGAAGGACCAGAUGUUGAAGCUCUUCGCUGCGACCCAGUAUCUGUCCGAUAGGGUCUGCCAGACCUGGUAGUUUUUUCCUGAAUCAACUCUAACUUUCCUCUUCCAUCUGCCAUAACACUCUCAUAGAAGUCCAAGGUCAAUCCCACGGCUAGAAUUGGUUUUGAAAUGGAAAAUUCCCCUAGCCCAGUUGUUAUUGUAGCAAUGUCAAACCUCCUCUAGGGGGACACAGUAACAGUCAAAGCUUGCAACAUUUUUUUUUAAAAAAGUAGUCCUUAUAAAUCCCCCAAUUCACAAAAAAACAACAGUUUCAAUUGCACUUAAUCAGUUACUUUAAAGCCAGGAGAAGUCCAGAAACACUGUAUCUCUCUUGCAGAGUUAGCUGUCAAAAGUACUCUGUUUACCGAUAGUGCUUUUCACAGAGCGGCAUUCCUUGUCUCAGGGCAGUCCGUUCCCAGGUUCUAAGCGGUGGAUUUUAGCUUCCUUUCCCUCUUUUUUAUGCAGAUAAAUACAGUUCAAACCUUUCCCCCCUCCUCUCCUGCAAUCCGGAGGGGAGAUCGCUUUUCUGAUGUUAGGAUUUAAGUCUUUUUUCAAACGUCUUUCAAAGUUUCCGCUUUCAGUCUCUUUGCUUUGAUCUGUUUACAAGAAAGGAAGGCGGACUUCCUGUUUAUGCCUUCCCGCUUUGGUGCCGAAUUAAGUUAUUUUCCCCUUUAAAUCCAAUUUUAUCCUACUCACGGGUAGUUGCUUUCGAAGUCAAAUUGUCCCAGGAAAAAGUCAGCGCUCUCCGAUAACGGCUGUGCGGCUUCACUCCGCGGAAGAAGCAGUCGACUCUCAGCACCGCGCCGCUCACCCCGUCUCGCUCCGGAGCCCAUAAAAGGGUCCCUUUGCAGUUUGGGGGGGCGCAAAAGGUGCCCGCCGAGUCCCCACGUUCACAGGCUUCACCCGCCUGUGAUUUUUAGAGGGCUCCCGCUUCGCCGCAGCGGUCAGACCCAAUCCUGCGGAGCUGGUCCCUCAGAAACUCAGAGGGAAUCCGCCAUUACCGAUGGCGCCAACCCGGAAGGUUUGUCAUUGCUUUUCUCCCAAGAAGCAGGCGUCUUUUAAUUUUGUGGCUGCUGUCACCAUCUGCAGUGAUCAUGGAGCCCAAGAAAGUAAAAUCUCUCACUGCCUCCAUUUCUUCCCCUUCUAUUUGCCAGGAGGUGAUGGGACCAGUGGCCAUGAUCUUCGUUUUUUUGAUAUUGAGCUUCAGAUCAUAUUUUGCGCUCACCUCUUUCACCCUCAUUAAAAGGUUCUUUAAUUCCUCCUCACUUUCUGCCAUCAAGGUUGUGUCAUCUGCAUAUCUGAGGUUGUUGAUAUUUCUUCCGGCAAUCUUAAUUCCAGCUAGGGAUUCAUCCAGCCCAGCAUUUUGCAUGAUGAAUUCUGCAUAUAAGUUAAAUAAGCAGGGAGUUUGCUUUAGUGGGGCCCAUAGUGAGUAGGUGUUGUGGGGAUAGGCCACAAGAGUGAAGUUUUUGAUAGACGGUUUUAAGCCAGGCACUUUUAUGGGAGUCUUAAAGUACUAGGGAUAGUAAACCGGGGGGCUUUGAGUUUAGGCGGAGCCAGAAGUUAAGAGUUCUUUGCCAAGUCCGUACUUCUACUGAAGGGAGACUUACGUCCAGUCUCAACGAUGCAUUUGAGACGCAUGGCGGUAGAGAAAAAAUCUGCCUUAGAAACUUUGAUUGAACAGCUUCCAAAGUGCUAAGGUCCAAAUCUGAGCCCCGUAUAGUAGCUGUGCUUGGGGUUUAGUUUGGGAGACUUCUAAGGCUGAUGGUAUAUGUUUGCCACCCUUUGUAUGGAAAAAGCGAGUCAAAUUUCCUUUUCUGCGUAUACUGUAAUGUGUGAAUGCCCGGGGCAGUGUAGUGGGCAAAAGAGUGUGUGUACUCUGUGCUCUCCAGGUUAGAUUACUACAACACGGUCUCUGUGGGGCUGCCCUUGGAGGCAACUCGGAAAAUUGAGUUGCUCCAAAAUGCAGCAGGCAGAUUAUCAACUGGGGUUCUCUUCUAGUAGAUCUCGCGCAACCCCUGUUUUAAAACAGCUGCUCUGGUCGCCGGCUUGCUUCCGGGCCCAGUUCAAAGUGCUCACAUUGGUGUUUGAAGCCCUAAAUGACUUGGGCCCCAAAUAUCUGAAAGACUCCCUCUUACAGAUCCUCUUGGGUGCCGAGAUUGGCAGAGAGACGGGGCCUUCUCUGUGGUGGCCCCUCUGUGCUACGCAGCUUUUGGUGAAUGGUAGCUCCUCUGCCCUCAGAGACUUUGGGGUGGUGGCAUCUCAGAGAGACGGGGCCUUCUCUGUGGUGGCCCCUCUGUGGUGCACAGCUUUUGGUGAACGCUGAGGAUGCACCUCUUUAUCCUGGCCUUUGGCACCUGAAGUUCAAGUUUUUAGGACACCUUAUUGUUAGGGCUGCAAGUUGCUUUAAGUUGCUUUUAAUGCUGUAACCCUUAUUGGGACCUUAAGGUGGAAGGCGGAUAAUAAAUCAUUAAUAAUAAUAAAAGUAAUAGGAAGCAGCUCUGCAAGGUUAGCCCCUUUGCUGAUAGGUGUGAAACAAGUGGGAUGAAUAAGGUGGCAUUUUCUCCCUCCCCUGUUUUUUUAGGGCCACCAAUAAUCACAAAGUAAAGGAAACGGUUGCCUUAGAACUCAGUUACGUCAACUCCAACCUGCAGCUGCUGAAGGAGGAAUUGGAGGAGUUGAACAGCUGCAUGGAUGUCUACCAGAAUGACAGGUAA